AUUAUCAAAUUUCAUAUCCAAAUGGCCGGGGCCCACGCUAGUAAUUUUACGUUUGUAUCUCUCACCAAUUUUUUUUAAUGUUUGUAUUUUUUUAAUGUUUGUAUCAUAUUAUGUAGGGGUUAAUUGCAUGUUGGAUCACUAGGUUUACUAAAAAGGUUUAUGUUUAGUCAUUGAAAAUGUUUAAUUCCAAUGUUGGUCACUCAAAUAAGUAAAACGAUCCGUGUUUGGUCACUCUCCGUUAGUCGCAAUUGCCUACUCAACCUGGUUUAAUCCGGAAAAUAGUAAACCCAACCCGCCAUAUCAGCCUGUCCAACCCAACUUGACCCAGCUCUCCAUCUUCUUCCCUCGACCCUUCUCUACUAAUCCCUAAACUCCGCCAUCUAUUCUUUCCCUUUUGAUUGUUUUAUGACUCUUACAAUUGACCUCACUCUUCUUAUGGAACUCUACCUUGUAAUCCUUUGCCUCCUCUGUUGUUUUGCUAAGCUGCUCCCUUUAUUUCUUCUCCUUCUCCUCCAAUCGCAAGGCUUUCUCCCUGUGCACACAAACAACGGAAUGAAAGGACAACUCCUUUCCUUCUCCUUCGUCCACAAUAUUCCCGACCAGAGAACACAUGAGGAUUCUGAGCUUUAAUUGUGUGAUUUUGUCGUCGCCGUCCUUGUCGUCUCUAGCUUUCUCGACGGCCAGCGACUUUGGGCUUCAGUUUCUGGAUCUGAAAUCAAAGCGACGCCUGGUGUGGGACGGGCACUGGAACGAGCGACUGCUGCCGGCUGACCCCUGCCGCGGUGGAGUGUUUCUGGGUAUGGGAUCUGACCCGACGGAGAGUGUACGUCCGCUUUUGACUGCCGGCGGGUUUUGGAUCUGGGAUAGGGAUGAGAUUUGGGGUUUGAAGUAGUUCUUCUACUUCUAGGGAAUGAUGGUCUGAAUGAUGGAAAGAGGUGGGUUUCAAUUAAUGGUUGGGGGAGGCAAUUGGUUUUUUCGGUUGAGAUUACCAGAGAAGGGUUAAGGGAAGAAGAUGGAGAGUUGGGUGGAAUUGGGUGGGAUUUUUCUAGAAAUAGCACUGCUUAAAAUUGUUUUUAUAAAAAUAGCACCAAACUCCAAAAAAUUCCAAAAAUGGCACCCUUUCCCAAAAACCGCCACUCGUACCAGUGGUUUAGGCGAAAACCGCCAUUCGGGGGCACGUUUUUCGAUGAAAACCGCACCGGUAGGGGGUGGUUUUGCAAACCGCACCCCCACCAUGCGGUCUGUUUUUUUUUUUUUAAACAUCUUAACCUAGGUGGAAACUUCAAACGAACGUAUCUUUCUGUUCGGGUAUCCGAUCGUCGCGAUUUUUUUUAUUCCGCAUAACCUUUUGAGAUCUUGCAAGCCGAAGACUGCCGAAGGUGGUUUGGUCCCGCCUUUGUCCCAAAAAAUGUCGUUUGCUACCCCGAACGAGGUUUUUUUCGAUUUCGUCAAACUUUGGAAAACCAUAACUUUGUGCUCCAAAAUCCAAACGACAUGAAUUUUUUUUUUCGCAUAAAUUUUUAAGGAAUAC